AUGUCAAAAAGAACAGUUAAAGCUACUAGCCAACAAGCUCUAAUGAAAAUACAAUCGACAAAUAAAAGAAGAAAGUAUAUCUUAUCUGGGUGUUAUUAUCUGAUAACUAAAGGAUGGUCAUUUCUUUUUUCAAAAGAGAAAAGAAUAGCAGGAAAGUUAGACCAUUUCUUCCCGAUUCAAAAAAUAUGGAAUCAAAAUGGGGUAAUAAUGUUUGAUGAAAACCUUGAAUAUGAUUUAAUUAAAGCAGAAACAGGAGUUGUUCUAUUAAAUUUUGAUAAUAAAGGAAUUCCUAUAAAGAAAACAUCAAUUGAGGAUAAAAUAGAAAAUAAAAAGAAAUUAAAUUAUAAUGAACUUGUUAUUAUGAAUAUUCUUAAUGAAUAUUAUAAUAAAUAUAAAGAUAUUGGGUGUAAUACUAAAUUACUUUACACAAAAAGUUCAAAAUAUGGCGUUAGCAGCCAACAAUAUCAAAAACUCCCUUUAGUAAAUAAAGAUGGUGAAGUUAUUGGUGUUUAUAAGAAUGAAGAAGUUUUAGAAAAAAUUGGAACUCCAGUAUAUAAUUUUCUUUGUUCAUAUUUAUUAAAAACAAAUACACCUCAAUUAAAAGGUCUUUUUAAGACUUUACAACAAGAAUUGGAUAUUAUUAGCCAUAGUGGUUCAUCGGAAAAUAUUCUAUCAUAUAAUAAUAUAGACUCGCAUUUUAGUGACAACCAAUACACACAGAUUGAUAAUAAUGUAUCAUUAAUUAAUGUAGAUCCAAGGUUGGUGAAUUUUGAGAAUUCAAAUUAUAAUGAAGCUAUGCCACAAAAUAAUCCAGAUUUUGUUGAUAUUAGUUAUUUCACAGCAAUGGACUGUGAUUCUUCUCAAGCAGAUUAUCUGUCAGAGACUUCCUUUAUAGAACAUGGGUUUAUUCAAAAUAUAUGCCAUUAUGAAUAA